UCCCGCCAGUCGGGGUCCCGGAGGUGGAGCCCGCACGUCGGAGCCCGGGCCUGGAGGGUGGGAGCACGUGAAGGCGUCUCUGUUCCCGAAGGAGGUGAUCAUGGCCUCCAUGCUGCUCACCCGGCGGCUGGCCUGCAGCUUCCAGCACAACUACCGCCUGCUUGUGCCCGGAUCCAGACAUAUCAGCCAGGCUGCAGCCAAAGUUGAUGUUGAAUUUGAUUAUGACGGACCUCUGAUGAAGACAGAAGUCCCAGGGCCUAGAUCUCGGGAGUUAAUGAAACAGCUGAAUAUAAUUCAGAAUGCAGAGGCUGUGCAUUUCUUCUGCAAUUAUGAAGAGAGCCGAGGCAACUACCUGGUCGAUGUGGAUGGCAACCGAAUGUUGGAUCUCUAUUCCCAGAUCUCCUCUGUCCCUAUAGGUUACAGCCAUCCAGCGCUCAUGAAACUCAUCCAGCAGCCUCAGAAUGCGAGCACGUUCAUCAACAGACCUGCCUUGGGAAUCCUGCCUCCAGAGAAUUUUGUGGAGAAGCUGCGGGAGUCCUUGCUCUCGGUGGCUCCUAAAGGAAUGUCCCAGCUCAUUACCAUGGCCUGUGGCUCCUGCUCCAAUGAAAAUGCCUUCAAGACCAUCUUCAUGUGGUACCGGAACAAGGAAAGGGGUCAAACGGGUUUCUCCAAAGAGGAGCUGGAGACGUGCAUGGUCAACCAGGCCCCUGGCUGCCCCGACUACAGCAUCCUCUCCUUCAUGGGCGCCUUCCACGGGAGGACCAUGGGUUGCUUAGCGACCACACAUUCCAAAGCUAUUCACAAGAUCGACAUCCCUUCCUUUGACUGGCCCAUUGCACCAUUCCCACGGCUGAAAUACCCUCUGGAGGAGUUUGUGAAGGAGAACCAACAAGAAGAGGCCCGCUGCCUGGAAGAGGUGGAGGAUCUGAUCGUGAAAUAUCGGAAAAAGAAGAGGACAGUGGCCGGGAUCAUCGUAGAGCCCAUCCAGUCUGAGGGUGGAGACAACCACGCGUCGGAUGAUUUCUUCCGGAAGCUGAGAGACAUCUCCAGGAAGCAUGGCUGUGCCUUCUUGGUGGAUGAGGUCCAGACAGGAGGGGGCUGCACUGGCAAGUUCUGGGCCCAUGAGCACUGGGGCUUGGAUGACCCUGCAGACGUGAUGACCUUCAGCAAGAAGAUGAUGACUGGGGGCUUCUUCCACAAGGAGGAGUUCAGGCCCAAUGCCCCAUACCGGAUCUUUAACACCUGGCUGGGGGACCCGUCCAAGAACCUGCUGCUGGCCGAGGUCAUCAAUGUCAUCAAGCGGGAGGACCUGCUGAAUAACGCAGCCCAUGCUGGGAAGGCCCUGCUCACGGGGUUGCUGGACCUUCAGGCCCGGUACCCCCAGUUCAUCAGCAGAGUAAGAGGACGAGGCACCUUCUGCUCCUUCGACACUCCAGAUGAGUCCAUCCGGAAUAAACUCAUUCUAAUAGCCAGAAACAAAGGCGUGGUGUUGGGGGGCUGUGGUGACAAGUCCAUCCGUUUCCGUCCCACUCUGGUCUUCAGGGAUCACCACGCACACCUGUUCCUCAAUAUUUUCAGCGACAUCUUAGCUGACUUCAAGUAAAGAAGCCAUUUAUUUCCACUGUGCUCUGAGAAAGCCCUGAUCUCCACAGUUGUCAAAUUGAUUAGUUUGCCUAAUUCAUGUUUUCACUUAAAGUAUCAGGUGAACGCACACACUGAAGGGUGGUGUGUGGGGAGGGAACGGUUUUGGUGGCUGGGGGGAAAGGAGAGGUUGAAGGGACUGGUUUGGGUUUCCUCCCUGCAGAGCCAAUGGUGCCCAUUGGUUUAAGUCCAGAAAUUCUGCUUGAGCCCCACACAGAGUCUUAGGAUGGGCCAUGAGGGUCCUAGCCAUAUAUCUGCCCGCCAUUGACCCCAACAAUUUAUUUGGAAGCCAGUCAGGGGAAUGACACCUGCUCCUGGGACUGGUGGCUGGGACUCCUGGGUUCCUGUCCCUCUCAAGUGCCAUAUUCUGUGACUAAGGACAUUGGCUCCCUCCCCUAUGCAAAUAAACAUGCUUACCCCUCUCACCCAAGUCCUGGAGCUCUGAGCGUGUCCCAUGCACAGCUUAAUAGAGGACAGGACAGAUCUAUGAAGGCAGGAUUGUAGGGACAUGAGGAUUGAGCCAGGGGGUGUGGGAAUGGGUCUUCUGGCCUCUGAAGACUUGGGCCACUCCUCCCAGUGCACCUGGGGAUUCCUGUAAACUGUGAAUUCUGUCCCUGAUGGGGCUUGGAGACUCCGGGUGGCAUCAGUGAUGGUCCUUACUUGCUGUCCUCCAUUCCCCCAAGCUCUCUCCCCACUAUUAAAUGUCAACCGAGACCUCUAGAAACAAAACUGCAGCCUGGGCAGGGGGCACCCGGGGACACAGGCGAGCCCAAGGGGCAGAAGCACAAGCCAGUCUCCCGGGAGCAUGAGCCCAGGGCCUGGGGCAGCAGUCACUUCCUCUUGUCUCCCAGGCAUCUGGGGUCUGCCUGCAGGGACCCCUUACCCAGGAGGCUCUUUCUCUAGCUUCGGCUCAUCCACCUUCGCUCCACUUCUGAGCAACACUAGGAAUAGCUUUGCUUUUCCAUCCAAGGCAGUCAGUUGCUGAACUAGAUCUCUUGAGGGAAGCAUCAUGAAUCAAAGGCGCCAGAGCUCCGCACUGGAAACAAUAGGCUGUUGGCUCAAGGCAGUUUCCUUGUCCCUGCCACUCCAAAUUAGUUUUCCUGACAUGAACGAGUGUGGAGAUGAACGUGCUCCUUAGAGGCUUAACUGCACUAUGACUGAGGCUGAGGGAACUCCGCUGAAGGCUACGCAUUCUGGGAACUGAUUGAGUUCAUGAGCUCUUUUAAUAACUAAUCACCCAAAGAUCUCACCGUGGUUUUUUCCAGCUUCCACUCUCCAGCAGGCCUGGUCAACAUGUUUUUGUUAAGAACGAAAGGCACUAACAUGCCUAAUAGACAUGGCAGACCCGUGAGUUCCGGUUCACUUUGCAUUCUUGCAGUCAGUGUUCAUCCAUUGCUUUAAAGGAGGGGUUCUGCCGGAUUUAAGGCCAUUUAUGCUGCUGACUGCACGGAGAUGUAUGACCCGCCCUCUCUGCGAGGUUUCACUUGUUUGUAUAUUUAUUCAAUCAUUCAUUCAUGAAACUUGCAUUAAAUACCUGCUCUGUCCCAGGCCCAGUGCUAAGCAUUAGGAUUACAAACCUGAAAUAAAUCAUGUUCCCUGUUCUCAGGGGAUUCACAUCCAACUGUUGACAACAGACUCUUGAACCAAUUAAUUAAAGCUGAGUGGCAAGUUCUGUAACAGAGGUAUGUAUAGGAGCAUGAGGAAAUUGGAGGGAGUGCCUCAAUCCACUUAAGGGUCAGAGGAGGUUUCAAGGAGAAUGAUAUUUGAGCAGGGUUUUGCAGAAUGAACAAAAGUUCACCAAAUAAACAAGGCAAGGAACAGUGUUGCGGAAAGGGAAUAGCAUGUGCAAAGACCUACCAGUUCACGGUCCCACACCUUUCACUGGGGAUUCAGAUCCACAGGCAGUAGUUCAGGAUUCAAGGCCUUAUUUAACAAACAAGCAAAAUGCAAACCAAUCCGUAGUUCAUUUAUUGGUAUGAGUAUGAUUUGUCUGAGAACUUUAGCACUGGAUGCAAACAUACGAUAAGAUUUCUGGAGUCCAAAAGUUAAGCUAAGGCACAACCAGAAACUUGGCUCUAUUUGGUGGAGAGAAUGGCUCCGAUAUUUUGUUCUCUCUCCAGAGGGCACUGACAAAAAAAUGAAGCCACUUUAUCUAGAAAGUCAUUUCCAGACUUACUCCUUACCAAGAGAAGUUAUUCUCGUGAAACUUUUUAAGCCAUUCAUCAAGUUUUUGUUGGCUCGGCAUAAAGAGUUCCUGAAACAUCUGCUUUUGGGAGUGGGGGUCUAGUUGGAAGAAUUUCAAGGAAAAAAUUCUCAGCAGAGCUCAAGAUCAUAGGAACUUGGAAGAGGUUGGUGAAAACCCGGGACAGGGGGCAGUGGGUAGGUUACCAUGUAGAGCAGAGCCCAGGGAGAAGUGCUUCUGUGGCCAAGGGUCUGGAAAUGGGUCCAUCAUACAUUAUUAGUGCCAUAGAGUUUAGUAUGUAUCUCUAGCAAAUCUUGUCACUUUUACAGAAAACAAGGUCCAGUAAUAGCAAGUCUUAGCACAUCCUCCCUUUUAUUAUAAAUGGGUGUUUUUUAUAAUUUUUACUGACACUCAGUAACCAUGCAAAAUUGUGCACAUUAAUAUAUCUAUACCUAUCUAUGUAUCUAUGUAUUAGCUCAUGGUAGAAAACCAUAGCUAGGGAGCAUUGCCCAUUUAUGCAUACGAAGUGAUCUUGUUUACAGUAUUCUGUUGACUGUGCCAAUAAAUGAUAAAGAAAUUAACAUGUCACAAUGUAACUGAUGACCAUAUGCACAAUUCCAUGAAUUAAAUGUUUCCUGUGUUAAUCAGUAUUGUUAAAUUUAAAAAAAUAUAUUUAUAAUGGAAGCAUCA